UUUGCAAUCGAUUGAUUUUAAAUCGUUACAGCUUUGCCAUCCUUACUUUCAAUUUACAAAAAUAGGAUAUUUUGAAAACAAUGUCCGGGGCCGCUGUUGAAGAGGAGGCGUCUGAGGCCUCCAGCGAACACGAUUUCAUCGAUCUGAAAAAGCCACACGAAUUGGAUUCUUGUGAUCAGGAGCAUCUUCGGCAGUACAUAGAGAAGCUACACAGCAUUAUCCGCAAAUAUGACAUCAAAUUGGCGGCCUAUAAACAAAAGCUAAGACACUUUUUGAGCCAGGAGACUAAGAAUUUCCGGGACCAGGCCAGCGACACCGCUGAAUCGGACUACCCGGACCACAGUUCCACGGAGAAGUCUAAAGAAGACAAUGAUGACUUGAAAGGAAAGAACGACGAGUUAUCGGCGACAGAUGCAUUCAGUUUCGUGGAUGAGAUGCGCCAGGCGGCGAAGCAUGCCGAGAAUCUAAACAACUUCGUAUAUGAGCCAACCUCGGGCAUGUACUACGAUCCCAAGACGGGGUACUACUAUAACGCGGAAUAUGGACUUUACUACGAUGGAAAUACAGGAUGCUACUACAGCUACGAUCAUGCCAAGGACUCGUUCGAGUUCCAUUCGCAGGCCCAGGUGCAGGCUAACGAGGCGGCGGCCGCGGCGGACAAUGAGGAUGAGUUCGAGGUGCAGUUCGAUGAGCAUGGCGGCGUCAUCACCGACCAGGACACGCUGGCGAAGAUCAAGUCCGAGAAGCAGAAGGCCAAGAAACGGGCCGAGAAAGCAAAGCGAAAGGCGAAACGGAAAAAGAAGAGCAAAAAACACAGCAAGAAGAAAAGUAAAAAGGAGAAGCGCCACAAGUCGAAGUCACGUCAUAAGGAUGCCGAUGACGAUGGGACCAGCCAGGGCGAGAAAAAGGAUGAGGCUGAGGAAGGGGAGAUCUCACAGUCCUCUGAUUCCAGCUCGGACUCCGAAUCGGAUAGCAGCAGUAGCAACAGCGACACCGAGGACAGCAGCGUGCCCAUCUUCAAGUCCGCUGGACGCUUCCAAGAUAUUGCCAAAAAGUAUCCACCCAUGCUGCGCAUUGUUGUCCAGGAGACCGGCUUGGAGGGCCUCAAAGUGGGUAGCCUGCAUCUGAUCACCUACAAGGGCGGCAGCUUGGGCCGCGAGGGCUCCCACGAUGUCAUCAUUCCGGACGUGAACGUGAGCAAGUGUCAUCUGAAGUUCCACUACGAGAACAAGUUGGCCAUCUACAAGAUCCACGAUGUGGGCUCUCGCAAUGGCACCAUUCUCAACGGAUCAAAAAUGUCCAGUGCUCCCAUGGAUUUGGUGCACGGCAGUGUGAUAACUAUUGGUCAGACAAAGCUGCUGUGCCACGUCCACGAGGGCAACAGCACCUGUGGCCAGUGUGAGCCCGGCUUGCUUAUCGAGACGAACGCCCAGACUCCGGCAACUGCCAAUGCUUCCUCGGGAACUGUUUUGUCACACAAGGAACAGCUGAAGAAACUGCAGCGCAAGUAUGGCUUGGAAAAUGAAAAAUUUGUGGAUGGCGGUGGCAAUGGUCAGUCCAACUCGAAUUACAAUGACAGAGCUGCCACAAGACGGGUGAAUGUGGGCAGUAGCACCGACAAGGAAAAGACUGAAGUGGCUUGUGUCAAUACGGAAAUCGGCAACUCCAAUAAGGGCUUUAAAAUGCUAAGCAAAAUGGGCUGGCAAAAGGGUAAUACCUUGGGAAAGACCAACGCAAGUGCUGGACUCCUGGAACCGAUCAACGUGGUGGCCAACGAGGGUACUAGUGGCUUGGGUAAUACCGACCCCGUCUUAUCCAGACCUAUGGACAAACGAAAGUUGGCCAACCUGAAGAUCACCCAGGAGCGGUAUCAGCGCGCCAAUGACAUUUUCGAUCAGUCCGAUAGUAGCAACUAAAGCACAGACUUCCUGAUUUGAUUUAAAGACGAUUCAAUUAAGUUGGAAACACAUUUAAUUAACAAUUACUCAAACAUAUUCAUAAGUGUGUGUGUGUGUUUAUAAUUGUAAGUGUGUAUAUACAUUUAGAUUCUAUGUAUAUAUAUAUAUUAAUUAAAAUCUUUCUAUAAGGUUAAGCUAUCAGUCAAUUAAUUAAUUUAGCUUCGCUUAUGAACGUCAGAAUACAGAAUAGAGAUUAUGUUAAAUAAAUAUGACGUCGCGUAUAGGUGUGUCUAUAAACUAAAUGCGAACGAAAUGCGCAU